GUUCUAAUUUCGUUGUACGUCGGUAUAUAUACUGUACUAUGGUCUUCAUCGUUACUAUACUACCAAAACAGGAGCAUGGGCUGCUUUUGUUAUUGAUUUGUGUAUAAAUUAUUUUGCUUAGCUUGUGUACGACUACCAAUAGUAUGAAAGGAUAUAGUAUAAAAUCAGUAAAAUUUCAUACAAUACAUUACAAAUAUUUAGUGUCUUGUGGACAAGUGAUGAUAAAACGCCAACGUGUUCCUAAAAAAAAAAAAUUAUCGGUGGAGAAACACGCAAGUAUACCCUUAAAAUCUUCUGUAACUGUUUACCAGUCUCUUAAGAAAAUGGGAACUGGGCACUCCCCCAGGGUACAUUAUAUUUAGCUACCUGACUGAAUCACAUACCGUCAUCGCAUCCAUUAAGCACACACGCUACAAGUCAAAUUUUCCCCCUGGCUUAUCUCUGCACCGCCACAAGGCGAGACAAUGCCGCCGGUGACCGCAAGUGACAACCUCACUGACAGACGUCUCACCUGUUCUCAGAUUUCAGGGCCGGAGACGGCCACCCUCACCUUGGCUGCUGCUGCUGCCAUCUACCUCCAGUUGGAAACAUGUCGGUGCUAGUGGAGGUGUAGUGCCCGCUCGCUCUCUGGGGAUUUUUACUUGACUUUCCACAAGAGGCGUGACUGAUAGCCGAGGAGAAUCACAACCAGAGGUCGGUGAUGGGGUUCAGCGCGUCCCUGCAGGGAGAGCGGAGCCACGCGGCGCUGCUGGCCCGUCAGGACGCAGAGCUGCGCCUGCUGGACACCAUGCGGCGGGUGCUGGUGGCCAGGGCCAAGUGCGACAGGGACUACGCUGCUGCCCUCACCCACCUGGCCCACACCGCCGCCAAGAUGGACGCCCCGGACAACGUUCUCGACGACUCCCAUCUGCAUAAGGCAUGGCGCAUCAUGGUGGAGGGGCUGGACGAGUGGAGCAGCAUCAUGCGCCAGAAUGCCGACACCCUGGUGCUGGACACGGUGGAGAAGCUGGCCGCCCUCAUCACCGAGAAGCGUGCCUCCAGGAAGGUCUACUAUGAGGAGCACCAGAGGAUCACCAAUGAAGUAACUAGAUUACAAGAAGCUGUUGGAAAAUCCAAGAAUAAUUACGAACAGGCACUGGAAUUUUACAAGACCUCUAAGACGAAAUACGAAGAUCAAUUUCUAAAAGGAAAACCAGGACGCAAGUUGGAUGAGCUGAAGGAACGGUAUCAAAAGGCAUGUAAAAAGCUUCACCAAGUUCACAAUGACUAUGUCCUGUUGCUGUGUGAAGCUGCAGACUAUGAGAGAGACUUCCGAACAGUACUUCUCCCGGGUCUACUCGAGUAUCAAGAGCGAGUACAGGAAGAUAUGAUUGACAAAUGGCGUUCAAUACUGACGGAAGUGUGCGAGUUGACAGACACAACACAAGGUCGGUAUGCCCAGUUACAAACAGAAGUUGCAUCUUCUGUGUCAGCCAUUUCGCCUAAGUCUGAAUACUCGUCCUUCUCAGAGACCAAUAAGAGUUCCCCGCCCGACCCAGUAUCCUUUGAAUUCUGCAGUGAGCUUUUAGGAGAUGGUGUUGGUUCCCUUCAGGCUGGUCAGCUGGCCGUUGACUCGCUCACAGUUGACUCCUUACGACUCAGGCUCAGUGACAUUGAACACAGGUUGAGAGAAGUCACAACAGAGCUUCGUGAAAAACAAAACUUAUUAAACCAACAUGAAACAGAAGUGAUUAACAUCAAGAAGAAUUCUUUGCAAGAUACCAAUAUUGCAUCAAGAUUACCGGUGUUGAAGAGAGCAAGUGAUGUCCUGCGCCGUGAACUGAAUGAGUUACGGUGCAAGGAGUCGUGGCUUCAACAUCAACACAGCCUCAUUCACGACCCACUUGCAGCACUGGGCUGUGAAGAGGCUCCUCAGCCUUGGGAGGCUGCACAAGGUCAAGUCAAUGGUGACUCGGGUUUCAGAUCAAAGUCUUUACUGUCCUUGAAUUUUGCGGGCCUAAAGUCCAAUUCCAUACUCGCUCUCAAUUUUCUGCACCAACGUUCCGACUCGCUCUCGCUCAAGACGCGCUCAGCUGCUAUCAAAGAGCUGCUUCGCAAACCCUUCAACCGUAAGACUAGCGCCUCACCUGCAUCCACACCACCCACCCCCACCAGAGCCAAUACCGAAGAGAGAACCACAGCACCAGACCAACAGUCUCUCACGGAAAUGUCUGCAGAAGGCCAAGCAGAAGUCCAUUCACAAGCAGUUAAUGGUAUACCAGAAUUGACAUAUGACCCGGACCGUUGCUUAGAGGAUGAACCAUGGUUUCAUGGUGUAUUACCACGAGAGGAGGUGGUGCGGUUAUUGGUCAAUGAGGGCAAUUAUCUAGUGAGGGAGACUACACGUAAUGAUGAGCAACAAAUUGUUCUCUCAGUUUGCUGGGGCACUCACAAGCACUUCAUAGUCCAGACCACACCUGAGGGUCACUACAGGUUUGAGGGUCCAGCCUUCCCAACCAUCCAGGAACUAAUCCUUCACCAGCACAGCUGUGGUCUACCGGUCACAAACAAGUCGGGUGCUAUACUUCGCACGCCCAUCUUCCGUGAACGAUGGGAACUAAAUAAUGAUGAUGUUGAGCUGAGAGACAAAAUAGGCAGAGGUAACUUUGGGGAUGUAUACAAGGCUCGAUUAAGGGAUUCGGGACUUGAGGUUGCUGUUAAGACAUGUAGAGUUACACUUCCAGAUGAGCAAAAGAAGAAAUUCUUACAAGAAGGGCGCAUCCUCAAGCAAUAUGACCAUCCCAAUAUAGUCAAAUUCAUUGGUAUAUGUGUUCAAAAACAGCCAAUUAUGAUUGUGAUGGAAUUGGUGCCAGGCGGUUCAUUACUAAGUUUCGUGAGGAACCACAAGGGCCAACUGACAGUGAAGCAGAUGAUGGGAAUGUGUUUGGACACUGCCUCUGGGAUGGCUUACCUAGAAUCCAAGAAUUGCAUCCAUCGUGACUUGGCUGCUAGAAACUGCCUUGUUGGGCACCGCAAUAUAGUCAAGAUCUCUGACUUUGGCAUGUCACGGGAGGAAGAGGAAUAUAUAGUCAGUGACGGCAUGAAACAAAUACCCAUCAAAUGGACUGCGCCAGAAGCUCUCAACUUCGGCAAGUACACUUCCUUGUGUGAUGUCUGGAGUUAUGGUGUUCUGUGCUGGGAGAUCUUCUCCUCGGGCGAAGUUCCUUAUCAUGGCUACUCCAAUACUAAAGCCAGGGAGAUGAUUGAUUCGGGAUACCGGAUGCUGGCGCCUCCCAGCACCCCAGAAGAGAUGUAUCAGCUGAUGCUAAAGUGCUGGCAGUAUGAUCCAGAGAACAGACCACACUUUCCAGAAAUAUAUGCAUCUGUUGACAAUAUAUACACGUCACUAUAGCGAACUGUGUCGUUAGCAAUAUAAAGUGUCAUUAUAGUGAUAUUUCCUAUACUGAGACUUUUAUAAGGACUCUUAUUGGUGAUAUUAGACAGUAUGGAGUUAUUUGAUGUAAAUGGAAAGUAUCUCUAUAUUGUGGAUGGUAAAGUGUGGAUACUGCACGUACAGUACUUUUUUUUUUCUUUUAACCAGCCAAGGUUGUAUAUAUGAUUCAUAGCUGAAUACAUGCUGCAGUACAGUACUUUACCUAGAAUAGUGAAGAUUUACUAUUAGAACCUUUAUAUUUGAGAAAUAUUUUCUAUGUGAAUUAAUUGUAAUUUUGGCUUACAGUACUGGUUGUGUUAAAAUUUGCCUGAUUUAGCUUUGUGGUAACGGGUUUUCAGUAUAUGGGAACACAUUAUGUAGAUUUUUCAGCGAAUGAGGAGGAAUUCUUAAAUGAUUCAGGUAAAGGGAAUUUUGAUAACAAAAUAUGCCAACAAAUCUAUUUUUAUAUCUUAAGGUUUUCAGUGUAUGUUCAUAGUCAAGUGAUUAUCUUGUCAGUCCAUUUAUCUCAGCAGCCAAUAGUGAGACAAAAAAUUGCUGUCAGGUUAGUAAUUAGUUUCUGGAUUAUUAUUAUUAUUUAGACAGUUGUUCAGAAUUAAGGGAGAAAUAGUGCUUGACCUAUUGUUGUUAAGAUUUGAACAGCAAUGAUUGUUGAAAUCCAGUAGCAUAUGCAAGCAUGUUAGUUGGGUGCUUCUGGUCCAUCAGCUUCCUUUGUAAUGCCAUUCUUGUUGAGUUUUAUGGUGCAUCUUUGUAUCAUACAUAAAUAUGAUGAGAUUAUACUUUAUUAGAGACCUAUCACAUUAUGGCUGAACUGGUGGAGGAGCUUUUUGGCUUUCAAAUAUAUAGCUACAUUGGUGCAUUAGCACUGUCAACACAAACGCAAUGUGAAGUUUGUUAUCUGCUAGUUUAAAUGUUUAUAAUGAUAAAUGCCCAUUUCAAUGAGGAGAAACAGAUUCUAUUUAAAACCUAUUGAAUUAGAUUGAGUGUAAUGUACUUUUUCAGCGUAAAGGGGGUUGAAAAAUUAAUACUACCAGCUUAAGCUCAAUGGAAUUUUAAGUAAAAAUAUUAAUUGAUACAAUAAUUUUUGUGCCAAACUUUUGUUGAACCGACACGAUUAGUGGUUUCUCGGCAAUGGAAGAUACGGAUAACUACUGUAUAUAUAGAGUAUGUAUUUCAUAACAAUGGACUUUCAUAAACUGACACCACAAGCUCUUGUUUUGUUUUUUAAUACAUUUUAUAAAAUAAACAGCAGAGCCAUCCAUAUAUGGUUGUUGUUGAGAUUCUAUGUAUAAAUUAUUUUUAGUUUCCUGUGAUAACCACAAUACUGAUUUUUAGUGUACGUGACAAAUAAUAAGAAUUUGUUCCAAGACAAAUUUGCAUGUUUACCGAGCAGUAAGCAGCCACACAUUGGGGUGUAGGCAAGCCAGAUGGGUCAGUCACACUCAAUAACUGGAAAAGAAAAGUGAAAUUAUUCUAGCAUUAUUGUCCCCCAUCAUUAACUACGGCCCUGUCAUUAGUUCAACUAUGACCCUGUUAAAAAAAAUAAAUUGAUUGGAAGCUCACUGUUGUACAUGUACAUUAGAAUACAUUCAUUAUUAGUAUCAUACUAUGGAAAUUCCAAAUAUAAUUGAGUUAAACAAAAGCUUGCUAAUCAUGGUUUUACAUUACAAUAAUUUUGUAGUCUAAUAUUUAUUUUGUUAUAAUAUCUUCAAAUAAUCCUCAUACUGUUUUCAUAAGCAUAAUUUGUGAUUUGCAGUAAAAAUUUAGGCAUUGAUGAAAUUAUUCUAGGGGAAAAAUAUUUUAAAAUUUAAUCCAGCUACUCAAUAGUUAAAAAAAAAAAAGUAAAUUAAUAAGGUGCACAGAUUUUGUAUGUUUAGUGAAAGAAGUGUUUUCAAAGUUGUAGCUACUCUCAUGAACAUGGAGAGUAAGAGGAAUCAUGCAAGUUAGAACCAAAGUCUUGACCCUUUCCCCCCUCGCUGGGUUGAGGGAAUUGGGCAAAUCAAUUUGGCAACAUAGGUGAAGGUGUGUGCCAUAUGUUUACUAAAUAUUUACCAGUGGAUAUGUGCCAUGCAGAGUUGUGGAAUAUUCCAGAUAAAUAAAUUGGACGUUUUUUUUUUUUCCUACUAGAUGUUCAUAUGUGCAUAUUAGAUGUGUACCUGGCACUGCAUGUAAUUGUGUAUGCUUAUUUUAAAUAUAUUUGUUUAUAUCACUGCCUCUUUGUAUGUGGAUGUAUUGUUGAAUUUAACUAUACUGUAUGUGUAUAGUGCUCCCUCAAAAAUUUGGAUCAUAUCAUUCAAGACCCAAUCUGGUUAUGUAUUAAAUCUGUUAUUUGUAAAAGUUGCCCUUUUGACUAUCACAGAAUUGUAUGGAUUUUUUUGUGGCAAAUUAUACAAUACAUGCUUUCAACAUAUUCAGGCAUACAAAUAAUACAGUAUAUAGUGAUUUUGUGUGCCUAUAAAUAAUAAUGAUAAUCACACAGAAAUCAUAUUAACAUGAUAUAUGUGGUUCUGUGAGCCAUAUUAUAUAUGGCUCAUAUAUAUAUCUAUAUAUAUCAUGUUAAUGUGACUGUGAGCCACAUUAACAUGAUAUAUAUGGUUCUGAACAGGACCAGGUUCUGUGAGUCAGAACCUGGUCCCCUCGGUGAGACGCAGGGAGCAAUGGCCUAUGAGCACUUUACACUUAAAGUACUGUAUGUCAUAAUUGCCAUCGACGGGGGAAGGACCCAGAAAGGUGGGCGAAUCAAAACAGUUCACUGGCUAGCCUAUGCAAUCUACAUCCAAAAAGAUAAAAUAACUCCCCUAGAAAGAAACCAAACAUGCAACCCUUCAUGCGACUAGCACUUCCACUUGUUAGCAUUAUCCCUGCCCACGUAGGUGGGGGAGGGGAAGCCUACCACUCUAGUUCUUGAACAAUGAAAAAAAUGCCGACCAGAGGGAGGGAAACUGUCAGGGAGCCUCCGGGGAUCACCCAUAAAAUGCCGUUUCAUUACAUUCAACGCUAGUUUUCUGUGGGGGAGCCCCAUCGGCUUUCUGAAGCUAACUACCCAAAGAUAAGUAAAAGAAGGGACGUACCCAGGAAGUGGCAGCACCACAGGUCUCAAGACGAAGAAGAGAUGGGCACCCCAAAACCACACAUGGCCGGGAAGGAACCGGAACUGUAUCCACUAGAUACUGUACAUGGCAGCCAGGACCCUGCUCGACCUCCAAAACCCCCGCGCCCAAAUGUCUAUCCAAGACACGUCGCCAAAAACCGCUGCGAGAGUAACAUACUUCCGAACGUCAUGGGCACGAGGGUAGAUUGCAGGCUAGCUGAACUUUAUGACACUGCGGACAACCUGAGACACACGAGCCCUGUAACAGGGAAAUCGGAUUCACCCAAAGAGCUUCCACAGUCACAGAACCAGUGGCCAUAAAGCUGCCACUGGACACAACAUGUCAUGCACCCCUGACCUAACCAACCAAGCAUCCACAACCAACGGACCCCUGCGGAAGCCUGCCGUCUCAUUCUUCUACAGAAAUGGAGAAGGCUGCAAACUAAUAAAACAACCACCUGGACCCCAAACAAACAGAACUCCUGGUGUCAGAGAAGAGCAUGAAAGCUCCCCAACCUGACCCCCAAAGACCAAGGCAAAUAAAAACAAGGCCUUCCAAAAGCUUUCCCUAACCAAAGGGGAAAAAAAAAAUAAGGAGAAAAAAGAAAAAGAACACGGUCUAAAGACCAAGAAGGCUCAAGCGACACAUAAGCAGGCCGGAGGUGAGAAAAUGCACGGGAAAGCUUGCAAACGGAGCGGAAGCAACAUCCACCCCGAACACAAGCUGGAGGGCUCUGCCAACACCACGCGAUGAUAAGUGCUAGUGUGAGGCACGAGGUUCCGAUCCAGAAAAAGCAGAGAGAGAGAGAGAGAGAGGACAUAACUACCUGGUCCAAAAUUGAUGAAAACCUUCGAAGAGAAAGAAAGAGACAAAGACCACAAAGAUACUGUCAUACUGUUUGCCGUGAAGAAGACUGCAGGUGGGACAUCAUCAAAGAAGCCACCUGAUCACCAUAUAAAUGGCGAUACACAUGCGUCAGAAAGACCAGACGCGUAGUGCGGAGCAAUAAGGCAAACCAGCAACGUAUCUCGCUGGUCCGAUCUGCUGGAAAAGGCGUUGAUGCGGAAAAAUGCCCGUACUCUGUAAUCUGCUAGUUUCUAACACUCCCAGCCACAAUCACAGUAAUUAAUAACUCUGCCGUCUUGUCCAUGGUAAGGAAGUUCUUUUUAUCCUCAUCUGAUGUACCCAUACCACUCUUGCUGGAUGACAUGGCAUUGAAUUGCAAAUUCAUACAGUGGAACCCAUUAUCUGGAUCCCAUUUUUACCAGAUUCUGUACUAUAAGACAAUUUAUAUGACAUGGCCAUGGAUCACUUUAUUCCUAAGUACCUGAUAGCAACUGGCAAAAGUAUAAAAUUUCAGGUGGGCAGCGGGUUGUUGCCUCUGAAAUCUUUCGUAUUUGUAGCCAUCUCAUAGUACAGCAGAAGAGCUUCUGCCUCAUGCCUGUGGGGCCAGCAGUUCGAAUCUCCUAGUGCCCAAGUGAAUGAAAUGUUUAUUUCCACAAUAGUGUGGUUGAUAAUUUACAAUGUACAUAUGUACACUAUAUCUAUACAUUUGCACAUACAUUUUCUGAACAUGUGUAGUGCCCAUAUGUACAAACAAAACAUCUCUAAAUAUGAGUAUAUACAUACAUAAUGUACAGUGCCUGUACAUAUACUGUAAUAUGCACUUAUGACUACCCAUGUUCUAGUUAACUGGUUGAAUGUAUGUAUGUCAUUAAGUAUCACAGCGUAUCUGAAAGGUGGUAUAUUUGUGUGAUUCGUAAUGUACAGAACUGUAUACUGAUUUUUGUCUAUUUUCUUCAUAACUAAUGUAAACAUUUGAAGAUCUUUUAAAAAAAAUGAAUGAAAGAGAAAGUUAAACGAUUACUAAAGUAUAAUUACUGUAAUAUAUUUUUAAUAGAAUAAGUGAUAAGUAUAAAUCCUUUUGUUAUGAUCUGAAAUUUUUGUAAACAAAUUACUUUUUAAGUGUCAGUGUAUAUGUGUAUUAUAUAUCUAGUCCACUAACAUAUUUCAAGGUAAGAAAAAUGUUGAAUUCUUAGUUGUUAAUUUGGUCUGCUGGGUUUCAGUAGGACGUUGUGUUGUAUAUACAAGCCUCAGUCUCCCUAUUAAUACAAACUUUUUCAACUUUAUACAUUUAUGUUAUAUAUGGCUGUUGAUGUUUAUACAACCUGUGCUAUUCUUAAUGAGAGAAUAAAGUUGAAUAAUGUGUAUAUUCAAAGUAGGUACACAUGAGUAGUUGGAGAUAUUGUAGUCCAUGCACAAUGUGGGGGUUAGAUGCUGUAAGUGUUAAUGCUCCAGACAUUAUGAAAUUGCUAAUUGUGGGGGUGUCGGAACACAUCUAUGAAUCGUAUACUGGCAUGUUUUAUAGUUAGAGAAAAUGGAACUGUAUUCUGUUUUGUUUGCAUACAUUUUUUAUAUAAAGCAUCAAGAGAUAUAUUUUUGAAGAUGAUUCUUUUGAAAUACAGUACUGUAAUUCCAUUGUGAUUACAUAACUGAAACACAGCAGAAAUAUGAAACUGCUUCUUUUGGUAUUUACAGCUAAAUAUCAGAUUUUUGCCUCCUCUGCAAACUAUUAACUAACAUACACAACCUGUUCUUGGUAUUUUCUGUAAGUCAAUUUUCCAUUAAAAUAUUUAAUGCUGAAA